AGGAAGAAUCCUGAUCAAACGACCACACAAGAAGAACAAGAUGGACGAGAACCCAGCUGUUCAUCAGGAAAUGGUCACGACACCAGAGGAACAGCCUCGUUCUGAUGAUUCAAAUCCAGUGGACUGCAACAAGUACCGCAGGUGCUUAGUUGUUCUCUUUGCCUUCUCUCUCUUCGCAACUACAUUAGGUUUGGGCAUCUAUUCCCACCUGCAAAAGGGAUCACAAUUGAAAUCAGCUGCUCCUCCUUGCCUUUCUCCCGCCUGUCUAAAAGCAUCAGAGCAUUUUUCUGUUGCCAUGGAUCCUUUUUCUCACCCCUGUGACUACUUCCUAUUUGCCUGUGGAGCAGGUGGAUCUUCCACCAACAAGAAGAGAAAGAGAGUCAAGGGGUCCUCCAAUGAAGACAAUGGAGAACUGGACAAAAAAAGACAAGUGAGGACAGGAGGACUAGUGAGGAUGAGAAGAGAGGCAGAUGUUCAAGGUGAUGGACGGCUAAAUACAUUUCCAGACAGACAGACUGCUUUACUGAAAGCCAUUAAAGAAAUACUAGAGUCUCCUGAGGAGGGUGUUUCUAUGAGUGCUGCAGAACAGAAACCAAAGAAGUUCUUCAAGACCUGCAUGGAUGCAGAAUCUCCAGAGAAAGUGGGUUCAGGACCCUUCCUCACACUACUCCAGCAGUUAGGUGGUUGGGCAGUAUCAGGUGAAUGGAAUCAGAAAGAUUUUAACACCACCCUCACCCUGCUGAUGAGCCAGUACUCCACAUUUCCUUUCUUCAGUGUAUAUGUAGGGCCAGACUCUGGUGAAGAGCAAAUUACUUCCAAUCAACACUACAUACAGAUUGAUGAGCCUCAUUUUCAGUUCCCUAUUGACUGGAACAGCAAGACACAUAAAUCCAAAGCUAGUACCCGGUAUUUGCGUCCAUUCUAUUUGUCCUGUGGUCAGUAUUUGGCUCUCUUGGGUGUUCCCUCCAAUAAAACCACUCAGCACUGUGGUCUUUACAUAUCUCUGUCCACAACUCUCGCUGUGGCCACGUCCCCUCUUCACUACCGCCUCAGUCAGAAGUUACUCUACCACAGAACUACCAUCCAAGCGCUACAGACUGUGGCUCCAGCCAUUGAUUGGCUUGCUUGCCUACAAGCCAUAUUUCAGCCCCUUCCUAUCAGCCAAUCAGAUAUUGUUUUAGUCCACAAUCUCCCGUACAUUAUCCACAUGUCCCAGACAAUCAGCCAAUGGCGAGUCAAGCAAGAGAUAAUGGGCGCCAUCCCUCUUCACACAUACAUGAUCUUUAGUCUUUUGCAAACACUCAUACCUGCGCUGGACUCGAGGUUCUUCCAAACCAUGAGAAACUAUUCCAUUGCGACUGGAGACACUCAUGAGGAGAUGCCACGCUGGUGGCGAUGUGUUCAGCAGACAGAGCGAGGAUUUGACGCCUUACUCAGUCAUGCAAUUAGAGAACGACAUGCACAGAAAGAGGCUGAAGAGUUGAUCCAUGAUGUUUAUUCAUCCCUCAAGAAGAAACUAACAGAUCUGAGCUGGAGGGACAACAAAUCAUCAGACUUUAUUUUGAAUAAGAUAAAAUCUCUUAAUCCAAGACUCUCCACUAAAACAAAUAACCUCAAUCAUACAGAACUCAACCAUCUCUAUGCAGAGGUGGUUUUGAAAGAGGAGGAUUUUUUCUCCAACUAUCUGCAGAUGCUGGCACUGGAGCGGAAGAGCAGGUGCAGACUGCUCUCACACGGCACACCGGCUGAAGGUUUGUCUAUCACUCCAUCCAUCUCUGGUAAUGACAUCAUCAUCCCUGUUGGAAUGUUUGUUUUGCCUUUCUUCCAUCCCUCAUAUCCCAGGGCACUGAAUUAUGGGACACUGGGAUCUCUGAUGGCUAAAGAUCUUCUCCACCUUCUGCUUCCUGAUAUCCACACACAGGCCAACAAUCCAGAGUCAGAGAGUAUGUGCGUGUUGUCUCAUUAUCUGAAUGUGACCAAAGAUCCGGGACAGGCUGGCAAAUUCUCCCUUCCCCCCUCCAAACAGCAGGAGGUUUGGGUGCAGUACUCUGCUCUACAGGUGGCACUGGAUGCUUAUGAGAUGAGUUUCACAAGACAUCCAACGGACUCAUCUCUAUCAGGCCUCUCUGACAUACCCCUGUUCCUCUCAUCCUUUACUAAGGUAACGUGUGACGCUGACCCCUACCGUGAGUUCAUGCCCUUUGAACCUUCAUUUCUGGUGACAGUCCUGUGUUCGGACUCAGGGCUCUGCCCCAAACUGCUGACCUGCCUGAAUAAAUCUCAGAGUUCUCCUCAUGAGAUAUGCCAGAGUCGAACGCUGCACUGAAUCUGGGAGGACCUGUUGGAGCUGGUUUGGGACUAUUGAACCAUUGGAGCUGCUCAAUGUUUAGUGAAAAUAGGAGAAAGUCAUUCCAGAGAUCACUUUUUAUAUUCACUGGAUGGGUUUAAAAAUGUCACAUAUAGUACAUCUAGGCAAUAUUAUUACAUUUGAUAAGUGAUGUACAGUAUGAUGAACAGUUAAAAGCUGCUUGGUGGAUAUGAUCUCUCAUAACACUUUGAAAAUGUACCGUGCUUUUACAGAAUUUGAGGGGAAUUCAUGCAAAAUAAUAUAUUAUGGGAGGAAGGAAAUCUCAUGCAUUUUUACAACACAUAUGGCAGUAUUUCCUAGUUUGUUUAUAAAGUUACACUGGUUUAAUAUGUGGUAACUAUGGUCUUACUGUAAACAGUUAAACUGGUUACUACAAGAACUAUGUUAAGUUUUAGCAAGGAAGGAGCG